AACGAUUAACGUUGUGAUAACAGACGAUAACAGUAUCGAGUGAUGAUAAACAUUUAUAAUGAUAACAAUAAUGCACAUUGCACACGAUAAAGUAAGUUGCAGUCUUUAGUCAAUAAAUAAAGUUAACAAUUCGGCAUUCAGCUGAACAAAAAUAUAGUUAAAUUAUUUAAGUAACCAAGCCGAAGUUGGUUUUGCUGUACCUGUUAAUGAAAUAAUAAUAUAAACGAAAGGCGUUGAUUUAAUAUAAUUAUGAUUAGUUUGUUUCAAUUUUAAAUUAUUAGGACUUACCUAGGACAAUUUACGGUGCACCCUCAGUGUUAAAUGUUUUUCACAUACCUAAUUAAUUUGAUGACAUAAAGUAUAUCGAAAAACAACUAUGAUAUCAGAAAUUAAUGCAGCUAUUGAACAAAACAAUUUCCAACGAGUUAAAGUCUUAGUUGAAGCUAUCAUCGAACAACACUCAAAUACAUUUAAUUUUGACACCUAUCAUGCUGACAAUACUUUCAAACAGUUAUGGGAAUCUAUGUUCCUAUGUUUGGGUGUGGACAGUUACAAAUGUAUUCACAAACAAUGUUUAACAUGCAUUCGGCUUCUGAGCCGAGACAAAACACAUUUAAAAGAAAUUGUAAUUGAACAACAAGUAAACAUUCUACUUCAGUGUGCUAAUCUUGUUGAAGACACAUUAUGCAUAGUAAUCACAGCUGAAAAUACAGAUGUUAUCGUAGAAGGCCUGAAAUGUCUGUGUAAUAUAGUUUAUAAUUGUGAUACUGCACAAGAAGUAUGCUGUUCAAAUAAAACUGUUGAUUGCAUUGUGCUCAGAUUAAGAACAUAUUUUGAACAGAAUAUUCCAUAUGUCAUAAAAUAUUUUGACAUCAAACUUUUAUUUCUUUUAACGGCAUUUAACAAGGAUAUAAGAUUAAAAAUCACAGAAGAGUUACAUGGUCUCACCUACCUAACAGAAGUCUUGGACAAUAUAUUACGUGACACUAUUGAAGAUGCAUCCAAAAACAAUUCUUCUAGCUUACAGGAAGAAAAUGUGUUACUCAGCUGUGAAAUACUAAAAACUUUAUUUAACUUGACUGUAAUUCCAAUCAGUGAUUCGUCUGAGGAAGAUGAUUAUUCAAUUUGGAUUAGAUUGAUUUCUAUAUUACGUGAUUUACUUGUUACCUCAACUUUUGUUCCAUUAUUUCAAGAUAACAUUAUUUGCAACGUUGUAAACUUGUUGACAAAUGUACCACCAACCUGUUUGGAUCAAUUGCUGGUUAAAAGUCAUUGGUGUGAUGUUGAUGCUUUAAAAGUGAUAGUGAAUUUUCUAGACAACCGAUUGUCUAGUACAGAGAAUCCAUUAUAUGAGCAUAUAUCACCAGCAUUGAUGGUAUUAUUAAAAGGAUCAAGAUCUAUUGCAAAGUUCCGUUGUGAAGUACGACAGCAAAUUUUACCUCCUUUGAAAGAUGUUAUCAAUCGACCUGAACAGGGAAACACAUUGCGUAAUAAAUUGUGCCGUUUGCUCACUACACCCAAUGUGAGUCUACGUGACUUGGUUGCUGAACUGUUAUUUGUCUUAUGUAAAGAAAAUGUGGGUCGUAUGAUCAAGUAUACAGGAUUUGGUAAUGCAGCUGGCUUAUUUGCAAAUCGUGGAUUACUUUGCAAAACAUCAAAUCCAGAUUACUCAUCAGAUAGUGAAGAUAGUGAUACAGAAGAAUACCUAACAUACAAAGACCAGAUAAAUCCAGUUCUUGGUUGUUAUGAACCGCCAAAACCUAAUCCAUUCGAGUGCAUGUCUGUCGAACAACAAGAGCAUGAAGUUAUGCAGUUGGUUUCUAAAAUGGAUAAACUCACUAGAGAGGGAGUGAUACAGCCGUGUAAAAUUGGUGAUGAUGGGCGACCAAAACCUAUUGAACAUGUUCUUCAACUUCAAGAAGAAUUAAUGAAUCAUUUUACUAACAUUAAAAAUAAAGAUGGACCAGAUGAUGAGAGUGAUUAAGUCGUUCAUUUAUUUAUUUAUUUAUUUAAUCGUUAAUUUAUUUUUAUUUAUUAUUAACAAAUUUGUAGUCAAACAUUUUACUCAUAGUAUUCAUUAGCUUUUAGGUACCUGUAUAAAAUAGUAACUCUAGGGUAUAACUCAUAUGUGUUCAGGUCUGAUGUUUUCAGAUUUAAAAUUAGUCAUUUUAAUCUGCCACCUAGUAAAUUUGAUUAUGCACAUACUAUUCAUGAAUUUAAUUUACAAUUGCAAUUAUUGUUACACAUUAUUUUAAUAUAUUUUAUUUUCAGAAAGUGAUUUUUAAUGUAAGACACUCAUUGUUUCAGCCAAUUAAAAAAAAAAAAAUUACCUAAUUUAGAUUUUUUUUCUUAGUCUGAAAUUAAUAAAUUUUGAUGUAUAAAUAUUAUAAUAUUCAACCAUUAAUAUAUUAAUAACAGUAAAAGUUUAAAAAAGCCUAUACUCUAGCCCAAGAGAAGUAAACCGUUUUACGCAUAACGCAUGAAGCUGGAGUCAGUGAUUAUCAUGUGGUAUCAUUCCCCUCUACCACUCUAUACAUAGAGUUCAGUAUUCCUGUACUUGGGUGUUUAGUGCAGUUAAAUAUAUUAAAUAUAUUUAUACCACAGAAGAAUAAUGUUUAUAUAUAGCUGAUUGUGACCAUAUAGGAUUAAGGAACGUGCAUUGGUCACGAAAUUGGGUAGUGAAAGAAAGAUGAGGAACCACAAACUCACGCCAUUGUUUGGUUGUGGCACGGUUUUUCUUUUCUUAUGAUUAACCGGAAUAUAGUUGUUGAAUAAAUAUUCUUAGGAUGUCUCUUCAACUAUUAAAAAGUUAAAUAUUUUAAAAUUUCUAACAAUAGACUAUUGAUUCAAAGUUCAAUAUUUUUACAAAGAUAUUUUCUAUUUCGUGUUAUGAAAACAAAAAAUAACGUUGACAAAUUUACAACAAAUUAUUAUGUUGGUAAAUCUCAGAAUUAUACUGCAAACAUGAGUGUCUUUAGUUCAAAAAAAAAAUAAUAUAUACAUAUAUUUUAAUUGUAUAACUCAGUUUUUUUCCUCUUUAUUACAUUAAUCAUGGUACCAAGAACUCACGUCUCACUUCAUAUUUCAAAUCCCAAACAAUUUGAAAAAGAAAUUAUAUUAUAUAAUUAUUAUUUUAAGUCAUAUUUAAUUGUACAAUACAUUUUUAAAUAUCUAAGAUGUUAUUUUCGUCUGGCCAUUAGAAUUUAAGAUGCUCAGUAAAUGAAAGUAUUUUUGCUGCAUUAUAUAUUAUAAUUCUCACAGAUUGUACACUUUUAAGUUAAAAUGCAAGAACUUCUUUUAAUUCAUUUCAUAAAAUACAUUAUUUUAAGUUUAUAAAUAAUGAAUAAUUCUUGUUUCUAGUCAAAUGAAGGUUUAAAAUUGCUUUGUAUAA